CCGGUUUGCCAUCUAUACUCGCGAUCCUCCGUGCAUCUGCAGGUUGUGCGCUUUGGAAACGCAACAGGUUAUAUGCGAGUGAAUGAAUCAAUGGGAGAAAUGCGGGAACUAAAUUACUAAUUCAACCUGCGACAACGUUUCACUGAUCAUAUUUGGCUGAUUGUAUUAGUGUGUAACUCUUGCGCGAAAGUUCAUCAUGGUUUCGUUGCUGGAUUUAAGCGCUCUUGUCCUGUCGCUGGUGUGGGGAUACUGCGUCCUGGCAGACACUGUCUUUACAAACUUUACCCUGGACAACGAGGUGCACUCGAGCUUCAUCCACCGGCGCUUGAAGAGCCAGGAGCGCCGGGAGAUGCAGCGGGAGAUCCUGUCAAUCCUCGGGUUACCGCACCGGCCGCGGCCGCACCUCCACGGCAAGCACAACGCCGCGCCGAUGUUCAUGCUGGAUCUGUACAAUGCCAUGUCCACCGAGGGAGACGAGGAGGGCUUCUCGUACCCCUACAAGCCCGUUUUCACGACUCAGGGACCGCCGAUCGCGACUCUUCAGGACAACAACUUUCUGAACGACGCGGACAUGGUCAUGAGUUUUGUUAAUCUAGUUGAACACGAUAAGGAGUUCUUGCCAGUGAGGCGCCAUCACCGAGAAUUCCGAUUCGACUUGUCCAAGAUUCCAGAGGGUGAAGCGGUGACUGCGGCGGAGUUCAGGAUCUACAAAGACUUCGUUCCAGAGCGAUUUGACAAUGAGACCUUCCGCAUCAGCAUCUACCAGGUGUUGGAGGAACAUUUGGACAGGGAUUCAGAUUUGUUCCUGCUGGACUCGCGGGUGAUCUGGGCAGCAGAAGAGGGGUGGCUGGUUUUUGACAUCACAGUCACUAGUAACCACUGGGUGCUGAACCCGGGCCGUAACCUGGGCCUGCAGCUGGCUCUGGAGAGUUUGGAUGGUCAGAGUGUGAACCCCUGGGUGGCGGGACUGGUGGGGCGCAGUGGCCCUCAGAGCAAACAGCCCUUCAUGGUGGCCUUCUUCAAAGCCACGGAGGUCCACAUCCGCAGCAUCCGCUCCGCUCAGGGCGGAAACAAGCAGCGCAAUCCCAACCGCUCCAAAACCGCCAAGGGCCAGGAGGCACUGCGUGUAGCCAAUAUUGCAGAAAACAGCAGUGCUGACCAGAAGCAGGCCUGUAAGAAACAUGAGCUGUAUGUCAGUUUUCGAGACCUUGGAUGGCAGGAUUGGAUUAUAGCUCCUGAAGGAUAUGCUGCAUAUUAUUGCAUGGGAGAAUGUGCCUUUCCUCUCAACUCCUACAUGAAUGCCACAAACCACGCCAUUGUGCAGACAUUGGUUCACUUCAUCAACCCUGAAACAGUUCCAAAACCGUGUUGCGCUCCUACACAACUCCACGCCAUCUCCGUCCUGUAUUUUGACGACAGCUCUAACGUCAUCCUGAAGAAAUACCGCAACAUGGUGGUCAGAGCGUGUGGAUGCCACUAGAGUCCUGUCACACAUAUGCAUAGACAAUCAUUACCCACAUAUAGACAAUGCAAACACACACACACAUGACUGCUCCUCAUUUAUAAAAAUGGAGCCCUCCCAAGAUCCCACCAAACCAUAUGGAGAUCUCAGGCCAAACCUAGACUGUAUACCAAGGACAAAAUGCAAAACUGUCGAUUGGCCAGAACUGCAAAAGGAAAUUACAAAUAACCUCUCUCUUUUACACACACAUCAACACAUGUAUGCACACAUUUACAUACUUCUAUAUACUUGUGCUUUCUACUGUGUAAAUAGUUUUUCAAUGACAGAAAAGUAUUUAUUUUCCAACACGAAGUCUUAAAUAUG